UAUAUAAACUCUUGGUCAUUUCAAAGCCAAUUUCGCCUCUCUCGUUCUCACCAUUGCAUCUAUCCUCUUCAACAACUUCCAUCUUUUAAAAACUCCUCUUCUCUCUCUCUCUCUGCUCCAUUAUAAGCUCCUUGAAGAUCUUCAUUACUUCAAUGGAGAAGCCAGCAAGAUCAAAAGGCACAAUUGUGUUAAAAUAUCUCCAAAAAGCUGCAACUUUUACCAUCACCAACAAUCCCCACAGUCCUAGAGGCGAAAGACUGUCUACGAUAAGAGGCUUAUCAGGUCCGAUAGCGUCGAUCAUCCCAACGGAAGCUCGGCAUAAAAAGAGGAACGAUGACGCCUUCGACGAAGAGCCAACUUCGCCUAAAGUCACCUGCAUAGGCCAAAUCAAGCAUAAGAAGACAGCAGGGACGAAAGAGAGGAAGAAGAAGAAAGUCCCUUCUGGUCUUACUCGGAUGUUUAGCCAAAGAGUUAGGCCGGAUCAUAAGGAAGUCAUGGAAGUGAAAGAAAAGAAGAAGAAGAAGAAAGAAAAAAGACAGGAUCUUGCUACAGAUGCAGCAGCUCCAGCUCUUGGCCAUCUGAAAAAGUUUGCUAGCAGGCGAGAGUCGUCGUCGCUAGCAGAUUUUGAUUGGGAGAAAGCUGCAGCGGCGGAGAAUUCUGAUUAUGAGGAGGGGAAAGAAGAUCUGAUGAAUGUUUAUCACUCUGCGCCGCUGGUGCUAGGCGGCGAUGUAAUGGGGGCGGAGCACAAGGAGAUUGGUUUGUGGAGGAGGAGAUCGAUCGCUGCGCUCAUGCCGAUUGAGGUUAACAAAUGAGGAUUUUAUUAUUUGCAGCUUAAGGAAAUGAGAUUUUA